AUGUCCUCUGUGUCAAGUGAUCACAUUGAGCUAAUUCCUUCACUGAAAGGAGUGACGGUCUUUAGCGAUCGUGCGCAACUUGCAUUCGUUGCAAGCACCGCACUCGAAUGCGGUACACAUAUAAUCCACCUUCGGCCAGAAGGCAAUUGGGAGGAUAUGAUUACCAACACAUUGCUGGUAAAAGUCCAAGACGGAUCAAACCGCCACGUUGCGGUCCACGACGUUCGACUCAAACACACAGACCUAACGGAGGAAGUGCGAGAGGGGGUGAGAGUACUUAAGGAUUCGAUCGAUGAGUUGCAGGGGAAGAUUGACGCAGUCACCGACAAGAAAAAGGUUCAAAGCGCCGUUGAAGCAGCUGUUGAGAAGAUUGAGAAAAAACUCAUGAUUAUGGGCGAGCGGGAUUGCCCAUCGCGUGCUCAUAAACAGUUAACAGAUACGACGGCGAUCACGUUAUUUCUCUCUCAACCAUCAUCGUGGAUGGAGCUCAUUUGUUUCAUAAGCGGCCGCAAAAGACACGUUAGGGAGUGUUUGCUGGAGUUGAAGGAUGAAGAGACGAAGCUUCAGGCGAGCUUGUCAAAACUCCAGGAAGAACUAGGAGAGAUGCAACGUGGAAAGCGAAGGCAGCGCCGCAACACAACUGUUGAGGUAACGUUAACGGUUCGUGAGCAACCCACCGAACUGAAACUUAACGUUAGUUUUGUUGUUACAGGAGCAUCUUGGAAGCCAUUAUAUGACAUGCGUGUGAGCUCGAGUGCUUCAACUAUGGAUCUUACGUACUACGCGCAGGUGCAGCAGCGUACGCCCAUAGAUUGGAAUAAGGUUCAACUGAAGGUGAGUACGGCGGCACCCCAUUUCGGAACUCAGCCGCCCAAAUUGGCAACGUGGAGGAUUAGUCUCAAACCGCCUAUUGCCAACUUGAAACCGCGUCUUCUAGCAAUGAAUUUGAGGGGGAUGCCCAUGCCGUGUGCUGCGAAGGCCGUGGACACGACUGAUUGCAACGCCGCCCCCAGAGAGGCGAGGGUGAAGCAAGCCAUCGUCUCUUCCUCGUCACCCUUCUCAGGUGCCAUCAGUUCAUUCCAUGUUCUUGGUCUUACCACAGUAAGAAAUAACAACCGAUUGGUAAAGGUUGCCAUUGCGAAGCAGACAUUUCCGGUCGAGUUGGAGUAUCACGCAGUGCCGAAGAGCGAUAAAAGGGUGUUUCGAACUGCAAAGGCAAAAAACACAAGUCCAUACAUAUUCCUUCCGGGGAAAAGUCACAUUUUUGUUGAUAGCACAUUUAUGUGUGGUUCGAGGUUGGAUUUGGUACCGGCUGGGGCGGAUUUCAGCGCUUCCCUUGGCGCCGACGAGAGAGUGGAGGUUGUGCGUAAGGAGGUCAAGCGUACUCGUUCCAUAGUAACGAGAGUUGUGCGCUCCCCACUCGUGCGUAUGGACCACGUAUAUGAAUUUUCCGUGAAGGGAACAGUACAGAGGGAAACUACGCUGCUGGUGCGUGACCAAUGUCCCCUGUCACCUGAUGAUGAGGUGAAGGUGUGUGUUGUGGAGCCUAGUUCCAAGGCAUUAAAGGGGAGAUUAACUGCCGACGGCAUGAAAUGUGCCAUGGACCAGAUGGGGAUGAUAGAAUGGAAAUUGAAACUUUCACCUGGGGCGAAUAAUCACGUAUUUCGGUACGCGUUCCAGGUGGAGCACCCUGAGAGGUUGACUGUUCGAGGCGUGUGA